CUUGAACUCUUAGAAAUCUUUGGCAAAUCCCCCAGUUGGACCCUGGAAAGUAUCAAGAUAAAGAGGAAGUUGUUUUAUGGAUGAAUACUGUUGGGCCCUACCAUAAUCGACAAGAGACAUAUAAAUACUUCUCACUUCCAUUUUGUGUGGGGUCAAAAAGAAGUAUUGGUCAUUACCAUGAAACUCUGGGAGAAGCACUUCAAGGCGUUGAAUUGGAAUUUAGUGGUCUGGAUAUUAAAUUCAAAGAUGAUGUGAUGCCAGCCACUUACUGUGAAAUUGACUUAGAUAAAGAAAAGAGAGAUGCAUUUGUGUAUGCUAUCAAAAAUCACUACUGGUACCAGAUGUACAUAGAUGACUUACCGAUAUGGGGUAUUGUUGGUGAAGCAGAUGAAAAUGGAGAAGAUUACUAUCUUUGGACCUACAAAAAACUUGAAAUAGGGUUUAAUGGUAAUCGAAUUGUUGAUGUUAAUCUAACUAGUGAAGGAAAAGUGAAAUUGGUUCCCAAUACUAAAAUCCAGAUGUCAUAUUCAGUAAAAUGGAAAAAAUCAGAUGUAAAAUUUGAAGAUAGAUUUGACAAAUACCUUGAUCCAUCUUUUUUUCAACACAGGAUUCAUUGGUUUUCAAUUUUCAACUCCUUCAUGAUGGUUAUCUUCUUGGUGGGAUUAGUUUCAAUGAUUUUAAUGAGAACUUUAAGAAAAGAUUAUGCUCGGUACAGUAAAGAAGAAGAAAUGGAUGACAUGGAUAGAGACCUAGGAGAUGAAUAUGGAUGGAAGCAGGUGCAUGGCGAUGUAUUUAGACCAUCAAGUCACCCACUGAUAUUUUCCUCUCUCAUUGGUUCUGGAUGUCAGAUAUUUGCUGUUUCUUUCAUUGUUAUUAUUGUUGCAAUGAUAGAAGAUUUAUAUACAGAGAGGGGAUCAAUGCUCAGUACAGCCAUAUUUGUCUAUGCUGCUACGUCUCCAGUGAAUGGUUAUUUUGGAGGAAGUUUGUAUGCGAGACAAGGAGGAAGGAGAUGGAUAAAGCAGAUGUUUAUUGGGGCAUUCCUUAUCCCAGCUAUGGUGUGUGGUACUGCCUUCUUCAUCAAUUUUAUAGCCAUUUAUUACCAUGCUUCAAGAGCCAUUCCUUUUGGAACAAUGGUGGCCGUUUGUUGCAUCUGCUUUUUUGUUAUUCUUCCUCUAAAUCUUGUUGGUACAAUACUUGGCCGAAAUCUGUCAGGUCAGCCCAACUUUCCUUGUCGUGUCAAUGCUGUGCCUCGUCCCAUACCGGAGAAAAAAUGGUUUAUGGAGCCUGCAGUUAUUGUUUGCUUGGGAGGAAUUUUACCUUUUGGCUCAAUCUUCAUUGAAAUGUAUUUCAUCUUCACAUCCUUCUGGGCAUAUAAGAUCUACUAUGUCUAUGGCUUCAUGAUGCUGGUGCUGGUCAUCCUGUGCAUCGUGACUGUCUGUGUGACCAUUGUGUGCACAUACUUCCUGCUGAAUGCGGAGGACUAUAGGUGGCAAUGGACAAGUUUUCUCUCUGCUGCAUCAACUGCAAUCUAUGUUUACAUGUAUUCCUUUUACUACUAUUUUUUCAAAACAAAGAUGUAUGGCUUAUUUCAAACAUCAUUUUACUUUGGAUAUAUGGCGGUAUUUAGCACAGCCUUGGGGAUAAUGUGUGGAGCAAUUGGUUACAUGGGAACAAGUGCCUUUGUCCGAAAAAUCUAUACUAAUGUGAAAAUUGACUAGAGACCCAAGAAAACCUGGAACUUUGGAUCAAUUUCUCUUUCACAAGUGUGGAACUUGCACAGCAAAAAAAGCGCAAGAAGAGAUUUGGGCGUUAACACUGGGUACUUUGUGGGUCUAUCUUUCAAGGAUCGCGUAAAGUAACAUCUAUUUCCAUUGAUCCUAGGUUCUUACUGACUGCUUUCUCCAACUGUUCACAGCAGAUGCUUGGAUUUUAUGCAGUAGGCAUUACUACAGUACAUGGCUAAUCUUCCCAAAAACUAGCUCAUUAAAGAUGAAAUAGACCAGCUCUCUUCAGUGAAGAGGACAAAUAGUUUAUUUAAAAGCAUUUGUUCCAAUAAAAUGACUAGAGGGAAACUUGGAUGCUAAAAUUACAUGAAUAGAAAUCUUCCUAGCACUUAGUGUUUCCAUGUUAUUGAAAAAUGAUGUUCCAGAAAUAUUAUUAUUUUCUCUUAUUUUUACUGCUAUCACCAACCUAUUGUGGGACAUUUUUAUAUAUUGAACCUGGGUUCUUUUUUGAGCAUUUUUCUCCCCCAAUUCAACUGCAUCUUUUUUCUAAAAGAAAGAAUUAAAAAUAUUAAAUCCUGCAUGUAAUAUAUCUGCUGUCAUCUUAGUUGGACCAGCUUCCUAUGUAUUUAUCUCAAAACCAUCCAGUUACAUCUUAAUUCCAUCCAAAGAAGAUACAGUCUGAAGAUAGAGGUGUACUCUCUACAAUGCAAUUUACUGUACAGUUAGAAAGCAAAGUGUUAAAUGGAGAACAUAUUUGUUUUAUUAAACAUUUUGAGAUUUAGAUAAACUACAUUUUAACUAAAUGUCCUAAGUGAUUAUCUUUUCUCCCCCCUCUCACCCCCCAAGUUAGUCUUACAUCUUUUUUGGGUUUGAAUGAAGGUUUUGCAUAAGAAAUUAUUAAAAACAAGGGGGGUGGGUAAUAAAUGUAUAUAACAUUAAAUAAUGUAAUGUAGGUGUAGAUUCCCAAAUGCAUUUGGUUGUACAGAUUGAUUACGGAGUACUUUUUUCUGAUGCUGAUUGGUGUAGAAAUGUGUGAAUUUGGGUAGCUUUUUACAUCUUGCCUACCAUUGCAUGAAACAUUGGGGUUUCUUCAAAAUGUGUGUGUGUGUCUUCUUUUGGGAAGGGGGGGAUUGUUUUCUUCUGUUUCUUUUCUGAGACUCCUACACGAACUAAAUUUGUAAUUUAGAAACCUUUAAUUUUGUUAAUCUUGUCUGGGGCACUUAAGUAACAUCUAAAGCAUUACUGCUUUAGAAUGUUAAAAUAAAAUUUCCUGACCAAAUUGUUUUGUGAAAUUAGAUGUGUUUGCAAUUUGAAGCUAUCUUUUUAAAAGGCAAUAUUAUUGAAUGCAGUUUUUAAAUAAACUGUAAAUUAUGCUUUUUUUAAUACAGGGAACUCACACUUUAAAAUCCCCAAACCUGCUUACAUCUAGAUUAUCCAGUACAGUCAGAAGUGAAUGAUAAGCCCUUUGAAUGAAAUUGUGGCACAAAGUCUGUUCAGGUUGGUGUACCCUGUAAAGGGGUUGGGGGGUAAAAGUGGUUAGGUUACUAUUGGAUGAGCAAAUAAAGAUUACAGUUUUCUAAGAGAAGUGAUUUUAAUUUUGAAUACAUCUUUCUGGAACUAUCCAUAAUGUGAAGUUUUCCUAGAACCAUUGAGUUUCUAGUUUAAUAGUUUGCUAUGCAAAUGACCACCUAAAAUAAUUCUGUAUAUUGGUAUUUUUAGAAGAGUCAGAACAGCUAUAUUUAAACCUUAUUGUGAAACUCAUGCCAUUCAUAGUUAUGUAAGAUGUUUUCAUUACAAAAUAUGUUUAUCAAUUAGUAAACUCUGCAUCCUAUCAUGUGGUAUGUAACGACUAUAAAGGGUAAAAAAUCUGAUAAAUUACCACUCAAGUGUGGCUGACAGAAAUUUGAUCAGAAGUUAUAGGUAAAUCCUCUUCAUGCCAAAAUGGUAUAUUAAAUGUAAUACACUGGUUCUUCCAUUUUCUCUUCCUUUUUACUUACCUUUAGGAUCUUAUAAGAAAAAUGAAAAUUCAGUAUAUAGUGGCUUAUAUUUCUAACUAACAGUAUAUAGUCUGAUGGAGUGCAAAUUGGACAGCAAGCUUUUGUUAUAAUAAAAUGAAAUUUAUUUUUUCAUGAGUUGCAGGUAAGAUGUAGGGUUUUUAAAGAGUGAGUGGGUUAGCUGCUUUCAGGUACACCAGUUCUUUCUAUUAAAUUGAGCUCUGUUUGAAAUCUUUUGGAAUCUUCCGUGGAAAACAUUUUUCUAAUUUUCAUGUAUAUUAAGAGGUCCAUUAAAAUGAAUAUAAAUCACCUUGAAAAGUC